CAGGGGUACAGAAGGGUACAGAGAGAGUGCUGGAGGCGGGAUGUCCUACUUCAAGAGGCAAUGUGAAUUUUCAAAGACUAGUGGCCCCUUCCUCAGAAUUCACUGACUGAGCUUUCAUUCUUUCUGCUUGUUCACCCAGUCUGCUUUAUCUUAUGAAAAUGAGCACACACAAACACUCACAGAUUGCAGGGAAACCUCAGGAUAAUGAUGCUAGGAAUAACUUUUUUUUUUCUUAUGACAAAAGCAAAUAUGUGAAAUAUGAGAUUUUCUAAUGUUCUUUAUUGAUUUAUUGCAUACUUCACAGAUGUAUUUUUUUUCAGAUACAAGUUUGUCAUAAAAUUAUGCCCAGCCAAAGAAAGUGUAAGAAAAUCUCAUUCCCCAAACUUUUCGUCCUCCUUUUUCCCUCCCUCUCUUCUCAUUCCUUCCCUCCCUCUCUCACACUAACCAUGUGCUUUUCGUGUCAGUAGACAUAUUUAACCCUCUCUUCAGAAUAACUUCUCCUUUUGUAGUGGUCUUUAUGUGUUUUUUAUGCAGCUUUUUUCCUCUUUAUGGCUCUGGAAACUCUCCUGUAAAGGAAUAAUUGGAACUACAAAAGGACAGAGACAACUUAAGCAACAUAUACAUGCUUGAGGAAGCCACAACAUAAGCAGCUCCAACGGGGCCAACUUCAAAAGUCUGAGGAUUACUGGGAGAGAAGAAGAAGGGCAACCAGCCUGAAAGAGCGGGACCAUGCCAGGCGGUCAGAUCCGGACUGGGUUUGUGCCAGUUCUGCUGCUCUCUUUCUUUCUGCUGUUGGCAUCUGGUUCAGGGAAUGCACGCAUGAUCGGGAAGAGGGGACUCAACCAGAAGGACUAUGAGUACCCCAACCAUCCUCAGCACCAGAAGAACGACCGCUGUCCUCCUCCACCGCAGAUGCUGCCCGAGCGAGCCUGUGAGGUGCCGGGCUGCCGGUCCGAUUCUGAGUGUGAGAGACACAAGCGGUGCUGUUACAACGGCUGCAUCUACGCCUGCCUGGAGUCAGUGCAACCUCCACCCGUGCUGGACUGGUUGGUGCAGCCCAAGCCACGGUGGUUAGGAGGGAACGGCUGGCUAUUAGAUGGACCAGAAGAGGUUCUGCAGGGUGAGGCCUGCAGCACCACAGAGGAUGGAGAUGAGCCUUUGCUCUGCCCAACCGGUUACGAGUGCCACAUCAUCAACCUGGGAAACCCCUCGGCUGGGAUCCCAAACCGAGGCCAGUGCAUCAAACAGCGUGGAAACUCAGAUGGACGUAGCCUGAGACACAAGUCCUUCAAAGAUUACAAGGAUUAUUUAGGAAGUAACUCCAACAAUGCAGUGAGCAAUGAGAAACAACAGCACAAGCAUGUGGGCUGAGACAGGUGACUGAAAGUUGGUUCCAUUUUAGAGGACUGAAGUAAUCAGUAACCGCUGACCCUUAUACUUGAAGCCCAACCAUCAAAUCCAACAGGAGUGCCAAAGGCCUUUCUCUUCAUCUCAAACCAGAGAUCGGUUCAUAUCUGGUGCUCUUUUUCUUAGGUGCUAAAAUGUGGAGUGACAGAAAUGCAAAGCUAAAAUUUCCUACCUCUUAUAAAAGCCAAAAAGAGACCACGGAAAGUAUCAAAGAACUUAUACAAUAACAUGUCUUAUAUGCAUACUAAAAAGCAGAAUUAACUAUGCGAGUUGUGUUAAAGGAAGAUACCACCCUAUUAUGUUUCUCUUUUGAAGUUUUUUAUUUUUUCAAAUAUCAUGUGUUCAUGUGUUGCUUCAACUAGUUCACCUUUACCAAGCAACAGUUAAAAUCCAGAUGUGCUCUAACACUAAAAGAGACUUGUUUUUUGUAUGGUGCUCCAUUCAAUAACUGUGGUUUUUGUUGUUGUUUUGUUUGUUGUCAUUGUGCCGUUCUGUGUUUUACUCUCCUGACAAGUGGGACAAACCACAAUAAAGCUUUCAGUAAAGCAAAAGAUUUUUAACUGGUGCUGCAUUUACUGCCUUGUAAUUCCAAAUAAAACAG